AUAGAUUGGGCAUCCCUAGCUGUCGCUCGCUUCUUGUUAGUCUGACACUCGGUUCAAUUCAAUUGACGCUUGUAAAUUUACCGAAACAGCUGUCUGCUAUAAACAAUUAAUUUAAUGAAUUACUAUUUUCCAAUUAAUUGAAUAAAAUUGUAUUCUGUGCCGAAGAGUCGUACUUUAAGUGUUAAUAAGUGAACAAAUCUCCAGUUGCUUGUGCGUAGAAAUCUCUGCUAAAGUGACUCACUAAUUAAAAACAGUCUUAUUUUGCAUUGACAUUCAAGGCUGGAAUAAUAAAAGAAGCAUUUGUGGACUAUAAUGGUGAUUAUUUAACAUAAUGGUCGAGGAUAAUGAACGAGCAUACGGCAGGGCACCGAAUAGGAAUACUCUCUUGAAGAUAGUUAUUUUAGGAGACGGUGGAGUUGGGAAGUCGUGUCUGAUGAGUAGAUUUAUAUCCAACCACUUCGAUGAUCAUAGCUUUCACACUAUAGGCGUGGAAUUUAUGAAUAAAGCUAUACCAGUCAAUGGAAAAGAGUACACUUUACAAGUAUGGGACACGGCUGGCCAAGAACGCUUCAAGUCGCUAAGGACACCGUUCUACCGAGGGUCAGACAUCUGCAUACUCGCAUACGCUAUCGAUGACCGCAGCUCCUUCAACAACGUCAAGAUGUGGCUGAACGAGUUCCUCCACUACGCUGGAGUGAAGAACGGGAUCGAGAAAUUCCCCUUUAUGGUUGUCGGAAAUAAGGUAUGGAGAAUUAGCAAUGUAUUUUAUUCAUUGGCUAGACUAGACCAACAGCUUCUAGUCUCAUUGCCAUUGUCAACAAAUUACUCUACCCCGUUUAAUGUUGACACUGACGAGUUAAAGGUGAUUGUGGAACUAUGGGUAGAGCCAGAUGAUUCUCAGUCUGCAGCUGAAUUAGCAGCAGAUUUCGAUUUUAGCAUCAAAACAAUAUUGGUCCAUUUGCGUAAAAUUGGUAAGCGUGUCGAGUCGAGCCUUGCACUGCGCAACAGGCAUACAAACGAAGGCAUAUUGAAUCGCAUUGUUACUUGCGACGAAAAAUGGAUUCUGUUCGACAAUCGGAUGCGCUCAGCAAUUUGGUUAGAUCUUAGUUUAACACCUAAACAAUGCCCCAAACGAAACCUGACAGGUGAUGAUCACUGUUUGGUGGUCUGGCGACGGUGUCAUUCAUCACAGCUUUCUUACCAAACGGAAUGA